AUGGAGGAGGAGAAGAACUACGUUUCCGAUAAAGCCCCGGCUCAGGCAGAUUCUGAGCCUCUGCCAGCUUAUGGCAACUCACAACCCACCAAAGAUGGGUUCGGUCGCCGUUUCAUCGACAGCUUCAAACGCGACCCCAAUGCCCAUUACAACCAUGGAGCCCACGGCUCAACCUUUGACAUGGAGGCUGCGUCACAGAAUGUUGCUCGCUCGCCACUUCAGCGCCGUCUCAAAAGUCGUCACCUUCAGAUGAUCGCCAUUGGUGGUUCAAUCGGUACCGGUCUCUUUGUUGGUUCGGGAACCGUUCUGGCCACUGGUGGACCAGCAUCAGUGGUCAUUGCCUACGUUUUGAUCGGGUGCAUGCUUUACAACACAUGUCACGCCCUGGGCGAGAUGGCCGUCUUGUUCCCCGUUUCUGGUUCGUUUGCUCACUACUCUACUCGGUUCUUGGACCCAGCUUGGGGUUUUGCCAUGGGCUGGAAUUAUGCCAUGCAGUGGCUCAUCGUCUUGCCCCUCGAAAUCGUUGCGGCAUCUAUUACCAUCGACUAUUGGAGUCCUGGUAUCUCCAAUGCUGCUUGGGUCAUCAUCUUUUGGGUGGUGAUUGUCUCAAUCAAUCUCUUUGGUGUGAGAGGUUAUGGCGAGGCUGAGUUUGUCUUUGCGGCUAUCAAGGUGACUGCGGUCAUUGGCUUCAUCAUCCUCGGUAUCGUCAUCAAUUGCGGUGGUGGUCCCGAAGGAGGAUACAUCGGAGGAGCAUACUGGCACAACCCCGGUGCCUUCCACAAUGGUUUCAAGGGUCUCUGCAGUGUCUUUGUGAAUGCUGCCUUCGCUUUUGCGGGAACGGAGCUUGUUGGUCUAGCCGCUGCCGAGACUGACAACCCUCGAAAAUCUCUCCCUACCGCCAUCAAACAGGUGUUCUGGCGUAUUUCUAUUUUCUACGUCAUCAGCCUCACCAUUGUUGGUCUGCUGGUCAAGUAUACCGAGGAGCGCCUUGUCACUGGGGGCUCUUCCGCGGACGCCCACGCCUCUCCUUUCGUCAUUGCCAUCGAAAACGCCGGAAUCAAGGGUCUUCCCUCCGUCAUGAACGUCGUUAUCAUGAUCGCCGUGCUAUCCGUUGGCAACUCCUCCGUCUACGGCUCCUCGCGAACCCUCGCCGCCCUCGCCGACCAGGGUCAAGCUCCCAAAAUCCUGGGCUACAUCGACCGAAAGGGACGUCCCAUCUGUGCCAUUAUCCUCGCCUCGCUGUUCGGCCUACUCUGCUUUCUCGCUGCAUCGAGCAAAGAAACAACCGCCUUUGAAUGGAUGAUGGCCAUCUCAGGUCUCUCAUCCAUCUUCACCUGGGGAUCCAUCUGUCUUUGUCACAUACGGUUCCGCCGUGCGUGGAAAGUUCAAGGCCAUACCCUGGACGAGCUAGCUUUCCGCUCGCAACCCGGUGUCAUUGGAUCCUGGAUUGGCUUGAUUUUCAAUGUUCUGGUCCUGAUUGCUCAGUUCUGGGUUGGGUUUGCUCCUGUCGGUUAUGGUGAGCUCACUGCGGGCGCACGGGUUGAGAGCUUCUUCUCGGCUUACCUUGCUGCUCCCAUUAUCGUGCUCUCUUACAUCCCCUACAAGCUUUGGUUUAAGACCAAGGUCAUCCGUUCGCGGGAUAUGGAUAUAGUGACUGGUCGUCGGGACAUGGAUAUCCACAGUCUACGUGAGCAGGAACUGGCGGAGCAGAAAGCAUGGCCGAAAUGGAAGAAAGUUUACAAGUUCUUCUGUUGA